UUAAAGCGGAAAUUGGUAGUUGUUAGAGAGAAAAGGAGAGAUAGAUUCUACUGUCAGUCUAUUAAUGUAGCAUGUCUAUGAUUUUGACAAGAAAUCUAUAAACGCCUAGUUAUGUGUUACCUGAUGUAUUAGAUCAAUUUAAAUAUGAAAAAUAAACCUAUUUUUCCUGAAAUAAAAAAUGAUUUCGCCUCUUAUAACAAAAAAAGAAAAAUAAGAGUCGAAAUUCUGGAACAAAGUCGUGAUACUAUAGAAGUUAAUUUAAUAAAUUUAAGUUAUAAUGAAGAAAGAUUACAAAAUUUUAAAAACAUUGCUAUAAAUUUAUUAUGUUUCUUAAUUUAUAUGAAUUUCUUCUCAAGAUUACCAUUUAUUGACCUGUGCUUAUUAUGCAUUUUAUUAUUUUUAAUAUGUCGAAUGCUUAAGAUAAUCAAGAAAGAUUCAAUAUGUUUUUAUGGAGGCUUGGCAUUGCGCACCGAAACAACUUAUUUCUUAAACCAGAAGUCAUCCUUUUUUCUGCCAACUGAAUAUAUAUUUGACACGGUUAUUAACGAAGUGAUUGAAAAUCUAUGUGUUAAAUAUAUAUUAAUCAUAAGAACAAAGAAGGAAGUAUACCACCAAAAACCCAUUAUUCCAGUUAUCACUGCUUUGGAACCAAGUAUACAAUGCUUGAAAUUUAUUUAUGAAAGACUACGUAACAAAAUUUUGUUAUAUAAUGGAAUAUCUAAUGAAAAUAAAAUUUAAAAUAUACAUCACAUUUUUAUUAAAGUAAAUUGUAAUCUUUA